AUGGUUUCCGACGAGCACUACGAGAUCUGCCUCCCUAUCCUCCAGGAUGCCACCCUUGAGGACGAGGAUAAAACGGAUCAGCUGGAGGAUCUACUCCGAAGCCAGACAAGCUUGUCUGGCCCUUCAUUAGACAAUGCGAUUCUCGAUGUGUUAUGGCGAUACCGCGAUGGCGGCGGCAGCUCAACCUCGCCUCCUCCCAUCCGCCAGACCAUCCUUCGACGACCUUCGCCGUCCCCAUGGCGCGGCAAUGCCACUCCUCUCUCUGGCUCGCCGCGCCUCGGGGUCAGUCCACUGGCCCCUCCCGGCUUCGUACCGUCUUUCUCGAGAACGAAAUCGUCAGCCGCCUCUCCUUUUUCUUCGCCAAGGCCGUCUCCGAGACUCGCCUUCGCGACGCCCGUCAUACCCAACAGCCCGAACCUGAACGCGUAUGAGUUCGCCAACGAUAGAUCCCCUUCCCAGGAAACUUUCGGCGAUUACCAGACCGAGAACGUAGAGUGGCUCGUUGCGGACGAUGCUAUAAGCAUCACAUCAUCAGUCGGGACGUCGAGUGGCCUGAACGCUGCCGCUCCCGAGUUCUCGUCCAUGUCAUCGCAGCAGGCUGACAUGUCUCCUUACGAUAUGCUUCGCUCAAUACUCGGUCAGACGAGAACCGACGAUGAGAUUGAAGCUGCUCUUGCGCUACAUGGGUACGACCUGAGCGCAACGAUAGUGUCCAUCAUGGAGAGCCAGGCGCAAGAGAAUGGAUUUAGCGCUGCGUUGCACCCUGAUGACUCCAAGACUUCUCUUAUUGGCAAAGCUCUAGCUGCAGAAGGCCGCCCAACCACACCUGCUGGUGGUCAAAGAUCAGGGGUCAUUUGCAAGUUUUACAUGUCGACCGGACAAUGCCUGCGGGCUGAUUGCCGAUUCAGCCAUGACCUGAGUAAUCACCUUUGCAAAUACUGGGUGAUGGGAAAUUGCUUAGCUGGCGAGACUUGCAUCUUCUCUCACGACCCAGCGCAUUUGAUGAACAAGCUUGCGUUGGAUGGCUCCAGCACUCCGCCAACAAAGCAAGCCAAUAACCUGGACUUAAACUCUUUUCCGGCACUUCCCCCGGGCACCCCGGAACAUCUCGGUGGUUUCGCUGGAGGUGUUAACAUCACUGUUGGAAUCACACCUCCGCCUGGUUUGAAGCCCUUUUAUCAAGACCAAAGCCCAAGGCCCCGAUCUCGUCCUGGAAGCCGACACCAGCAAGCAAGGGAACCUGUAGCCCCGUCGCUGGACGACGCAGACGCUUUCCCCACGCUUGGCUCAGCUGCAGCAAAGCAAGGCAAGAAGCAUCAUGGAAAGCGCGGUGGACACGGGCAUAAUCACAAGGAAAACUUUGGCCCUAGUUCUCUGGCCGAAAUCGUCAAGAUGUCGCCCUCUCCGAGCUCGGCUUCCCUUCGCCAAGACACGAAGAAGCUCGGUCGAAAUGGGAGCUCCACGAAUAUCCGAAACGGAGAAAACAGUGCCGCGGCGCAGGCAAUUCCUAACCCUAAACACAUUCCCUGGCUGGAGACCGGGGAGCGCGCCAACAAAGCAUACCUCAAAGCCAGACAAGAGGCCAUCAAGCAUGGCGGUCUCCGCAAUAAGUUCCUUCAGAGCGCCGCGCAAGCUUGGAACCGCAAUGACGCAAGGGCUGCCAAAGCCCUGAGCCUCAGAGGUCAGAGCGAGAACGACCUCAUGCGAAAAGCUCAUAGGGAGGCUGCUCGUGAGUUGUACGAGGAGCGUAAUAAGGGCAACGCGAACAGCUUAGAAAUCUACGUCGACCUCCAUGGGCUUCACCCUGAGGAAGCAGUAGAGUACCUAGAGCGGGUGUUGAUGGAGAAUGUUAAGGAGAGCAGAUCGAUCUACGCCAUCACUGGUACCGGGCAUCAUAGCAAGAACGGCAAGGACAAAGUGGGUAAGGCGAUCCGCAACUUUUUGAAUGAGUGGAGGUACGCCUACCGCGAAUUCUCCGUUCCAGGCGACCGCAACAACAUGGGAGGGAUUCUGGGCAUUGAUGCUCGAAGCUACGACAAGUCGCUGGCUCGCGAAGGGACGUCGAGUGCGGAUGAAAGCAAGGAGGAGGUUGACAUCCUGAGUCAAGGAGUGGAGAUCGGGGAUGGCAAGGUUAGGCUCCUGGUGAGGGACCCUCCCAAGGGUCCUAGUGGGCGGCGAUGA